AGUCUUUGUUUUAUGUAUGGAGAAUUGACUGACAAGAAGACCAUUGAGAAAGUGAGGCAGACUUUUGACAACUACGAGUCAAAUUGCUUUGAAGUUCUUCUGUACAAGAAAAACAGAACCCCUGUUUGGUUUUAUAUGCAAAUUGCACCAAUAAGAAAUGAACAUGAAAAGGUGGUAUUGUUCCUAUGUACUUUCAAGGAUAUUACAUUGUUCAAACAGCCAAUAGAGGAUGAUUCAACAAAAGGUUGGACAAAAUUUGCCCGAUUGACACGGGCUUUGACAAAUAGCCGAAGUGUUUUGCAGCAGCUCACGCCAAUGAAUAAAACAGAGGUGGUCCACAAACAUUCAAGAUUAGCUGAAGUUCUUCAGCUGGGAUCAGAUAUCCUUCCUCAGUAUAAGCAAGAAGCGCCAAAGACGCCACCACACAUUAUUUUACACUAUUGUGCUUUUAAAACUACUUGGGAUUGGGUGAUUUUAAUUCUUACCUUCUACACCGCCAUUAUGGUUCCCUAUAACGUUUCCUUCAAAACGAAGCAGAACAACAUAGCCUGGCUGGUGCUGGACAGUGUGGUGGACGUUAUAUUUUUGGUUGACAUUGUUUUAAAUUUUCACACGACUUUUGUGGGACCUGGUGGAGAGGUCAUUUCUGACCCCAAGCUGAUAAGGAUGAAUUAUCUGAAAACUUGGUUUGUGAUCGAUCUGUUGUCUUGUUUACCUUAUGACAUCAUCAAUGCCUUUGAAAAUGUGGAUGAGGGAAUCAGCAGUCUCUUCAGUUCUUUAAAAGUGGUGCGUCUCUUGCGACUGGGCCGUGUUGCUAGGAAAUUGGACCAUUACCUAGAGUAUGGAGCCGCAGUCCUCGUGCUCCUGGUAUGUGUAUUUGGACUAGUUGCCCACUGGCUGGCCUGCAUAUGGUACAGCAUUGGGGACUAUGAGGUCAUCGAUGAAGUGACGAACACGAUCCAAAUAGACAGUUGGCUCUACCAGCUGGCCUUGAGCAUUGGGACUCCGUAUCGAUAUAAUACCAGUGCAGGGAUAUGGGAAGGAGGACCCAGCAAGGAUUCUCUGUACGUGUCCUCUCUCUACUUUACCAUGACAAGCCUUACUACCAUAGGAUUUGGAAACAUAGCUCCUACCACCGAUGUGGAGAAGAUGUUUUCAGUGGCCAUGAUGAUGGUUGGCUGUAAGUAUCUCAUUUUUCUUUUUUAA